ACCUCAUACACACCAGUGCCAUACCUCAUACACACCAGUGCCAUACCUCAUACACACCAAUACCAGACCUCAUACACACCAGUGCCAGCCCUCAUACACACCAGUGCCAGACCUCAUACACACCAAUGCCAGACCUCAUACACACCAGUACCAGACCUCAUACACACCAAUGCCAGACCUCAUACACACCAAUGCCAGACCUCAUACACACCAGUACCAGACCUCAUACACACCAAUACCAGACCUCAUACACACCAAUACCAGACCUCAUACACACCAAUACCAGACCUCAUACACACCAAAAUAAAUAAGAAUGGUGGUGUCCAGAACACAAAAGAGCUUCAGGCAUGUACAGAACAAAUCAGAGACUUGGUUCUGAGCCGACUCAAUCAUGCCAUUGCAGGAAAGUUGGUCAGCUCCGUGGAUAUUCUCAGGGACUCCUAUACUGGUACUCUGACCAGAUGUCUGGAGAGUCUGGAGACUAUGGAUAAGGAGAACCCAGAAGAGUCUAAAACUACAGAUGCCCUAAAACAGAUCCUGAAUGCAGCAUACACUGUGGAGAUAACUGUCAGAUCCAGCUCUUCAUUUAUUCAGAACAUUCUGGAAAAGAUGAAACAGUUGGUCCAGUCUAUGCCAUGGAAAAGCUCCCCUGUUGUAGACAGUGAAUGGAAGAAGAAGGUGGCCUCAGAGAUGUUGAGUAGCCUCAGUGAAUCCAGGUUGGCAAAAAGUAUCUCAUCCCAGAUCAAAGACAGGUUAAAUAAAUCUCAUGAAGCUUUCAGCAAUGCACUAAAACAGUUAGAAUUGAGGCACUCUAACCGGCUAGACAAAAUUGAGGAGCAUCGUCUCAAGUUGCGCAAAGUUCAUGCACCUCGACUUGCCAAACUGGCGCUAGAAAGCACAUCUCUUAAAGAUGUUAUUUUAUAUGGGAUGCCACAGCUGGGCAGGGAGAUUGGCAGAGGCCAGUACGGAGUUGUCUAUUCCUGUGAGCAGUGGGGAAAUCACUCACCAUGUGCUAUCAAAUCUGUGGUGCCUCCAGAUGACAAACAUUGGAAUGACUUAGCCCUUGAGUUCUUUUACACAAAAAACAUUCCUGCCCAUGAGAGGAUAGUGAUGUUGCGAGGCUCAGUCAUAGACUACAUGUACGGUGGAGGCACAUCUCCGGCUGUGUUGUUGGUCAUGGACCGGCUGCAGAGAGAUUUGUACACAGCUAUCAAACAGGGUUUAGACUGGUUGAGUAGGCUUCAAGUAUCCAUUGAUGUGGUAGAAGGACUUCGUUAUCUACACAGUCAAGGACUGGUGCACAGAGAUGUCAAGUUAAAGAACGUUCUGUUGGAUCGGGAGAACAGAGGAAAGAUCACAGACCUAGGAUUCUGCAAGCCAGAAGCUAUGAUGAGCGGUAGCAUUGUGGGGACGCCCAUCCACAUGGCCCCAGAACUGUUUACUGGUCACUAUGACAACAGUGUUGAUGUGUAUGCAUUUGGAAUUCUGUUCUGGUAUGUUUGUGCUGGACAUGUACGUCUGCCGACUGCGUUUGAGCAGUGUGCCAAUAAGGAUCAGCUGUGGCAGUCGGUGAAGAGAGGUCUGAGGCCAGAGCAGCCGGCCAACACCUCAGAGGAUUGUUGGUUGUUGAUGCAAGGAUGCUGGGAGGGAGAGCCAAGCCGGCGGCCAUUUUUUGGAGAUGUUGAAUGCUCUCUUAAAGCCAUUUAUGAAAAAUACAAACGAAAAGUUUCUGCGGCAUCGUCAACUGAGAAAAGGUCUUCCUCUGGUGAAAGGGUUCGUCGCACUCCGUCACUUCGUCAGACAUCUCCUCGUCACUCAAAACAAAUUCAGCCAAACAGAUAG